GUGUUGUUGUUGUUGUGUACGAAGCGACCAGUGAGCCCGGGCUGAGGCGGGAGGCAGUAAACACUCGGCCAUGGACGUCUUUCAACUAUUUGAUUGGGAACACUCCCUGCAAGCCAUUCAACAGCUUGAAGUUCUGCUAAAAUGUAGCGUUUGUAAUGAAAUAGCCACAGACCCUCAGUGUCUGGGCAGAUGUGAUCACUUUUUUUGUGCUGAGUGUACUGGGAGCCUUGAGAAUGGUACUUGUCCAGUGUGUAAGAUCCCAGCACCCCCGUGUGAGAUGAAGCCCGACCGCAUCAUAUCUGGUCUUGCGGCUUCCACUAAGGAUCUGAGGAAACUGCUGAAGGGUGGCCACAUUGAUGGCACGGAGGCUGGGCUGGAGGCUCCUUCCCGUGCAUUGUGUACCCCAGAGAGACAAAUCAGGCCUUCUAAUCUCCUGCAGAAUAUCAGUACCAAGUCAUCUUUAAACUGUUCUUCAAAAUUUCAACCUGUCAAUAAGAGUGACAUCAACACUAGUCACCGUGAUAAUAGCAAAAUUGAGGUCAAGAAAAUUAGCCCGAAUCAAGGGAAGAUCAAGAAUAACAUGAGUAAUAGUAAAGCUGGAAAGAAAGUAAAGUCGGCUUCAAAGCAGAUUGGUGGAAAGAAGAGUAGUGGGAGGAAGUCCCCUACCAAUUCCUCCGUGACUAACUUUAAACCAAAUAAAAGUUGUCCAUCUUUCCCUGUAACCCCGGAUAAUAAGUUGCUGAAGUUGUUUGAUUCGAGUGUCCUGGGAAAGAGUCCUGGCACUCCGAUUAUUAAUAAAAGAAACUCGAAGGGAGAAACACCGCUUCAUGUUGCAUGUAUUAAGGGGGACAGUGAGAAAGUGCUGCAGCUGCUCAAGGAGGGAGCAAACCCCAACACCAAAGAUAAUGCAGGAUGGACCCCUUUGCAUGAAGCCUGCAGUCAUGGCUUUCAAAAUAUUGCUGAGCUGCUGCUGAAACACGGAGCCAUAGUGGAUGUGCCUGGCGGCAGUAAUGAAAAUCCUCUACAUGAUGCUGUUACUCAGGGUCAGGUGGAGGUUAUCAAGCUUCUCAGGACUUGGGGUGCUAGCGACACCGCUCGCAAUCUCUUUGGAUUUACUCCCAGGUCUCUUGCUAACCUGUGUGUAGGAGUGGUGGAGCUCAAUAGUGCUCUAGACACUCCUGAAGACACGACUUUGCAGCGGCCACAGGUGAUGACACGCCUUCUUGACAAAAUUGUGCUCCUGGGAUCUGGAUUGUCGGCCGAGAAUCUGAGAAAGUUGGAUAACCUGGCCAAGUUGCUGCGAGCUCGGGUGACCUCUGAGUUCAGCAUGGACGUGACCCACAUCAUUGCACAUUGUACUCAAGAGAGAAUUGUGAGUCAGCGGACACUCAAGUACAUGAUGGGAGUAGUGUCGGGCAAAUGGAUCCUCUCUCACACAUGGAUGGAUGAUUGCCUUUCCCAAGAGCAAGCAGUGAAUCCCCAGCCCUAUGAAGUUAUUGGGUCGAGUCAUAACAGUACCAGCAGUGCACCUGCUAAAGCCAGAAGCCACGUUGAAAAAAUGCAUCCUGGCCUUUUUAAUGGAUGCCACAUGUUCCUGUGGGGAAAUUUCUGCGAACCAUAUCCAAAUAAGAAGGGUCUUGAAGCAAUAAUUAAAGCAGGGGGUGGCACAGUGUUAGUGCGAGAGCCCAACCCAGAGAGCAUAUCUGAAAAGGAGCAGACGGUACCAUUUUACAGUGAUGAGAAUAGUGUACUUAACAGUUGCUCUCACUACAUAAUUUACCAGGAUGGUGUAGUAGAGCCACAGCUCAAGUACGACAUGGCACACAUCAAAUCUUUGCCCCUGAGUUGGCUUUUUUCGUGUAUUGAUAACUUUGAGCUUGUACCUCCUUUCAAAUAGUUGUUUUAUCCAAAGAAAUAACACUUGAGAAAAUGACCAUUGAGGAAUCUAUUAAUAUGAGUUAUAUGUAGUGUUUGAUAAUACUGUACUUCAUAAAGUGGGUCUAAAAUAUGUACAGGAUAAUAAUAAAAUGUUGAGGUUUUAGAGAAAUUAGUUGUGUGUAUGGACUGACCAUAUACGUAGUAACUUGCAGAGUCUAGCUGUAAAAAUGUAUGUACUUGUCUUAAGCUCUCCAGCUGGAAGUAAAAAAGGUAAUUUGAUUCAUGGGGUGUGUGGCAUGGCGUCACUGAAGUCAUGUUACUCAUUCGCAGCAGAGAGAAGAUGGGAUGAUUUGUGUGAGCUCCGGUUGCAUUGUCGUUGUUUAUGUUAUGUAGAGCUAGAUGGUUUUUAUAUGAAAAAACAGUAUUUGGGGUUUGAAAUGUGUGUCUGCGGAUAGCAGUUCCUAGAUGUUUUUAAAGUUUUAUAAUAUUUGAAUUGUGUGUGUAUGCCUCACUUGAGUAUAAACCAUUGAGCUGUAGAAAUCACAUCGUAAUCAGUAUUGUUGUGUGAUCCUUAUUUUGUUCGUUUGUCAUGCUCCGAAUCAGUGUUGAAGGGCUCCCUUUUUUCCUCACUUGUUGCUCUUUAUCAUGUUCCUGUACUUUUUAUCCAUGAUAAGUGUUAGUAUUUAAGCCAUAUAUAUAAUUUUGGAUAAAUCCAUUUUUAUUCUGUAGCCUUGUCAUAUGGGAUUUAAAUGGAUGGGUGCUGUGAGAAGUCAAGCGUGGGCUUGGGCCGGGCUUGGGGAGUAGAACUCCUCACAGAACACCAUUAACCAGGUAUGAAGUGGGUGCAUGCUUGUAUGUAAAUAAAACAAAGCCUCUGAGAAAAGGACUCAUCACUUAAGUGUUUGUAUUAGUAAUUUAAUGGUAGAUGCCGUGAGGUGGAGCUUAAUCCUUGCAAUGUUCCAAUACAGGAAUCGGUACUUAAAUAUAGAUGCACAGACACUCACAUACAGAGAGAGGCAGACAUAGGUGAUGGCUGUAAAGUCCCGUGUGGAAUUUAAGUAACUAAGUUUGAAAAUAACGAAAAAAGGGAAAAAGUGUCAAUGACAUAUUAUAGAAAAUAUUUCCAACACCAAAUAAACUGUUUAAAAAAGUACCACCGACAAUUGUCUGCCGUCUAUGUUUUGAUAAAAGCUUUGCUGUAGCGAAGACAAACUUGAGAAGUUUGUGUAUAUAUAUAUAUAAUAAAUGUUGUUCAUUGAUUUGUUGUUUUCAAAAUGUUGUCUUUCAAAAGAAAAGUAUGUUAAUAAACUUGUAGGAAAUGGGCACGCCAAGAAGAUGUGAUUAUUAAAUAAGAUGAGGUGGUUUGCCAUUUAAUGCCCUCAAAGGAUGUGAAUAAGUAUUGUAUGAAGAAAUUUGAAAUGGUCAUUGAUUGUCUUGGUGUGUGUUAGGUAGGGUGUUGGUGUUGAAAACGCAGGUAUUUGACAGGUUGAAAUGUUAAUGAAAAGUGCUUUUGAAUGUGCACAAUGGAGAAGUCAUUUAUAGAGUGAACAGUAUUUUUUGAAUAGAAAUUUGGAAGGGUCCCUUUAUAUGUAAAAGUGUUAGUACUGUAAUCUUGUUAAAUAUAUUUGUUAGAUAUAUUUGAAAUAGAUAAGGGACUUUUGGAAUAAUCUGAAUGUUAUAAUGAAUUUGAUAUAUGUAUUGUGCCUGUUUAGCUAGAUGUUGUUGUUUGGCUGUAGUUGGUGGAGAUUGAAGUGUAGCUCCUGGACGUUACUUGUUGCCUGUCAGUUUGCCUGGUUGAGUAAAAAUGUAAUCCUCUUGUGCCUUAUGAUAGGCCUUAUUUAA